AUGGAUAAUGAAUGGAUGACAGUAUUGGAUUACAAAGCUCUGUACCCGUCAAUUAAAUUACCUCCCUGCUUUUGCGCUCUCAGAGACUUUUUGUUAGCAAAAAUUAGCAAUUCGAUGAAAUACCACAUGCAGAUCUUGGAGUUGGCAGAUUUAAUUUGCCACACAUCUUUCUUCCAAUUUGAAGAUAAAACUUACUUGCAGGCACGGGGCGUACCGAUGGGUAGCCCCAUGUCAGCUAUACUCUGCGAAUUAGUGUUGCGUAAACUCGAAAACGAUAUACUCCCCUCAUUCCAGGAAGACAUAUUGGCUUACGCAAGAUAUGUGGAUGAUAUCUUUAUUUUAUGGAAGGAUAAUCGCAUGGUUAACCAAUUUAUAGAUCUGAUCAACGACAACCCAUAUGGAUUAACCCUGGAACUAGAGCAGGAAAGUGGAAACAAUGUUAAUUUUUUGGAUUUAUCUAUAACUUGCAAAGACGGGGAAAUCAGAACAGACAUAUACUGGAAACCCACUUAUCUUCCUAUCGUCAUUCCUUCGCAGACCCUGAGUAUAUAA